GGAGCUGCGGCGGGGUCGGGCCGGGCCGGGCCGAGCCGAGCCGGGGUCGGGGCAGCGGCGAGGACCCCCCCCCGGAGGCGGGGCCUGCGGGAGCACGAUGGGCGUGGAGAUCGAGACCAUUUCCCCGGGAGACGGAAGGACUUUUCCCAAGAAGGGCCAGACGUGCGUGGUACACUACACAGGAAUGCUCCAAAAUGGGAAGAAAUUUGACUCCUCCAGAGACAGAAACAAACCUUUCAAGUUCAGAAUUGGCAAGCAGGAAGUUAUUAAAGGUUUUGAAGAGGGUGCAGCUCAGAUGAGCUUGGGGCAGAGGGCGAAGCUGACCUGCACUCCUGAUGUGGCGUAUGGAGCCACGGGCCACCCGGGUGUCAUCCCUCCUAAUGCCACCCUCAUCUUCGACGUGGAGCUGCUCAACUUAGAGUGACGGCAGGCAGGAGGUGGCGGUGGCCGGACAUGGCCGCUGCUCCCCUUCCGGCUGGCUCUGCCACUGGGACGGCUCCUUCUGCGUGGGGCUCUUGAUCAGUGCGCGCACUCACUGCCCUGCACAUCGGUCCUCGCUGCCCAGCGUGCUCUGUAUUGUUUGUCAUUGUUCACGUGCUUCUUUGCUUGAGAAAACGUCGACUGCAGAUCAAAACAUGUCAGGCUGUGCAUUUAGUGUGACGCAUGUAGUAGCCAUUUCUGAUCACAGAUUUGUUUGCACAAUCUAAUAUGCCUUACCUUCACUUAAGCCAGACACACAAGGUGCUCAGACAUGCAGUGUACGUGGUGUACACAGAGGGACUUGAGCCAGUUACCUUUGCUGUCACCUUCUCUGAUGAAUUUUGUUGGCUGCUCACUUAAAGUCUUCUUUGGAAUGAUGUAAAAUAAAGGCUGUGUGCUUGCCAUCUUCCUGUCCAUCCUUCUUGUAGGUAGGAAGUACUCUAAGGACCACAUAAGCCCUUGGGGAAAAGAGUGGAAAGGAGACUUCCACGUGACUAGAAGAAUAAUAAAUAUAAUACCUAUGAUGUGAGCACUGCUUAUGUUGGGCUAUAUUAAUAUACUGUUAUUGAUUAUGCUAUGGGGUUUGAACCCAGGGCCUUGCGCUUGCUAGGCAGGUACUGUACCGCUUGCGCCAUGUCUCCAGCUCUUUUUGCAUUCUAGUUACUUUUUAUGACUGUCCCAGCCUCAGACUGCACGAUCCUCCUACCUAUGUCUUCCACGUGUACCAUCAUACCCAG